AUGGCCGCUAAUCAAACGCAGCAAAAAACAGUGCAGUUUGAUGAAGUUGAUCUGGAUGAAGUACCCACAGAAGAGUCAACCACUGGUCGAAGACAUCUUUUCACCAAAGAGCUGCGCCGUAUGAUGUAUGGUUUCGGCGACGACCAGAAUCCGUACACGGAAAGCGUUGAUUUGCUGGAGGAUCUGGUGAUAAAAUAUAUGGCGGAAAUCACACGCAGGGCUAUGCAAAUAGGCUCUGCCGGACAGAUACGUGAAGAUGAUAUAUUCUAUCUAUAUAGAAAGGACGCUUGUAAAUAUUCCCGCGGGAAGAAUUUACUCGCGAUGAACCAAAAGUUAAUGCGGGCUAGAAAAGCCUUCGACGAUUGCGUGUACGCUCAGGCCGAAACCCAGCUUGAGCAAGAGUGA